GCAGGCCGGGCGCGCACGCUGUCGGGCCCGUCUCGCCGCCACGCCGCCGCCCGCACGCCCAGUUGAGUGAGCCGCGCGGAGCGAGCCAGGGAGCGGGGCCCGCAGCCGACCGCAGGCGGGGGGCGAAACAUGGCGGGGGCCAAGGUGGCUUUAACCAAGAGAGCAGAUCCAGCUGAGCUUAGAACAAUAUUUUUGAAGUAUGCAAGCAUUGAAAAAAAUGGUGAAUUUUUUAUGUCUCCUUAUGAUUUUGUCACUCGAUACUUGAACAUUUUUGGAGAAAGCCAACCUAAUCCAAAGACUGUGGAACUUUUAGGUGGUGUGGUAGAUCAGACUAAGGAUGGGCUAAUAUCCUUUCAGGAAUUUGUAGCAUUUGAAUCGGUCUUGUGUGCUCCAGAUGCCCUGUUCAUGGUGGCUUUUCAGCUGUUCGACAAAACCGGCAAAGGAGAAGUCACAUUUGAGGAUGUUAAGCAGGUCUUUGGACAGACCACAAUUCAUCAACAUAUUCCAUUUAACUGGGAUUCAGAAUUCGUGCAACUCCAUUUUGGAAAAGAAAGAAAAAGACACCUGACUUAUGCGGAAUUUACUCAGUUUUUGCUGGAAAUACAGCUAGAACAUGCAAAGCAAGCCUUUGUACAAAGGGACAAUGCCAAGACUGGAAGAGUCACAGCCAUUGAUUUCCGAGACAUCAUGGUCACCAUCCGCCCCCAUGUCUUGACGCCUUUUGUAGAAGAGUGUUUAGUAGCUGCUGCUGGGGGCACCACAUCCCAUCAAGUUAGUUUCUCCUAUUUUAAUGGAUUUAACUCGCUUCUUAACAACAUGGAACUGAUUAGAAAGAUCUACAGCACUCUGGCUGGCAACAGGAAAGAUGUAGAGGUGACUAAAGAGGAGUUUGUGCUGGCAGCUCAGAAAUUCGGUCAGGUUACACCCAUGGAAGUUGACAUCUUGUUUCAGUUAGCAGAUUUAUAUGAACCACGGGGACGAAUGACCUUAGCAGAUAUUGAGCGAAUCGCUCCUCUGGAGGAGGGAACUCUGCCCUUUAACACAGCUGAGGCACAGAGGCAGAAGAAGGCUUCAGUUGAUUCAUCCAGACCAAUUCUCCUACAACUUGCAGAGUCGGCCUACAGGUUUGGUCUGGGUUCUAUUGCUGGAGCUGUGGGAGCUACUGCGGUGUAUCCCAUUGAUCUUGUGAAAACUCGCAUGCAGAACCAAAGAUCCACUGGUUCUUUUGUGGGAGAGCUAAUGUAUAAAAACAGCUUUGACUGUUUUAAGAAAGUGCUGCGGUAUGAAGGCUUCUUUGGACUAUAUCGAGGUUUGCUGCCACAGUUAUUGGGAGUUGCUCCAGAGAAGGCCAUAAAACUUACAGUGAAUGAUUUUGUGAGGGAUAAAUUUAUGCACAAAGAUGGUUCGAUUCCACUUGCAGCAGAAAUUCUUGCUGGAGGCUGUGCAGGAGGCUCCCAAGUGAUUUUCACAAAUCCUUUGGAAAUCGUCAAGAUCCGUUUGCAAGUGGCUGGAGAAAUAACUACUGGUCCUCGAGUCAGUGCCCUGUCUGUCUUACGGGAUCUGGGGUUGUUUGGAAUUUACAAGGGUGCCAAGGCAUGCUUUCUGCGGGACAUUCCUUUCUCUGCCAUCUACUUCCCGUGCUAUGCUCAUAUGAAAGCUUCUUUUACAAAUGAAGAUGGGCAGAUUAGCCCUGGAAGCCUGUUAUUAGCUGGUGCCAUAGCUGGUAUGCCUGCGGCAUCCUUAGUGACCCCUGCUGAUGUUAUCAAGACUCGAUUACAGGUGGCUGCCAGGGCUGGCCAAACAACUUACAAUGGUGUGAUAGACUGCUUUAGGAAGAUUCUGCGGGAAGAAGGCCCAAAAGCUUUGUGGAAAGGAGCUGCUGCUCGUGUAUUUAGAUCCUCUCCACAGUUUGGUGUAACUUUGCUGACUUAUGAACUGCUACAGCGAUGGUUCUACAUUGAUUUUGGAGGAGUGAAACGUGUGGGAUCAGAGUCAGCUUCCAAAUCCAGGCUCACACUGCCUGCGCCCAAUCCCGAUCAUGUGGGGGGCUAUAAACUGGCAGUCGCAACAUUUGCAGGGAUUGAAAAUAAAUUUGGACUUUACUUACCUCUAUUCAAGUCAUCGGCUUCUACCUCAAAAGUUACUAGCGGAUGAUGAUCGGAGGAAUGAGCCUGGGGUCUUGCUGCCACUUUCUUGUUACAGUGGGAAGGAACCUAGCAUCUUGGAUUGGAGUGAUGUUUCAUUCUUUUCACUUCCAUUUCUAGUUUAAAAUUCUAUUGAGGGCUUUUUAUAAAAUAUAAUCAUGUAUCUUUGGUGUGUUCCUUUAACCUGAUCAUUGGAAAUUUUGCAUAAUUAUUGUUUGGGGGGUCUUUGUACCAAAUAUUUGCUGGGUUUUGGUUGACUCUAAUAUGAUUUGGGGAAAUGAGUUUGUCGGAAUAGAAAUUAGAGCUAUUCUACUUGGACUAGGAUUUUAGUCCUGAAGAAGUUACUGAAAGGCAAUCAUAGUGUUAACAGCAAAGUGUUUCAUGUUUGUUCGACUCAGUGGGAAACUGGGUACAUAUUUAUAACAAAAAUACUGAAAGAAAUGAUAAGUUGUCGUAAACAGCCAAUUUGGUUUCAGAUUUUAAGGAUGCACUUUUGUUUCUGGAUCAUAUUAUGAAACUUUUAUGUGAAACAUGGAGGGUUUUAUUCCUUUUGUAAUGGAAACCAUAUUGAAGAUGUUCAAUAAUCAUUCUGUUACUGGUAUCAAAACCACUAGAGAGAAGUCCUUGUACUUUCUGGAAGUGAUGUUGGCAUUUUAUUUUAAAGACAGAGAAGUGAUGAGAUGUUGCACUUCUUCAGGAUGAACUAGUUUGGAUAACUGCUGACAUGAUGUACAACAGGCUAAUUCUCCUCGUUCAGUGCAUAGUGAAGUGUAUAUCCCCCCCAAAACUGCUACCCGCCCAAAUUCCCUGAGCCCACUCAUAAUUGGCACUCAUUUAUUUUAUAAUUACACUUUAUCUUGAAUCAUGUAAGACAAAUAUUCUCUAAUAUUAAUGUUUGAAUUUUUAUUUAAUUUGUGAUAUCUUGCAUAAUGGUCAGAAGGCUGUGUGUUUGGAAGAGAGUAAAUAAACUAUUUUUAAAGCUA